ACCAGCCGGUGGAGAAGCAAGUUGUCAACGUACGUUAAAUACUAAGGUGCUGCCAAGCUGUAUGACAUUUAAAGUUUAAUACUGAAGCAACGCAGUAAAUUGCAUGUAUAUGUUUAGAUUAAAGGCUCCCGUUGAUUUUAAAUCGUGCAUAUCAUCAUAACAUGUCUAAUAAAGAAGUGAAAGCGGCACUGAAGAGUGCCAGAGAAGCCAUUAAAAACAAAGAAUUCAAAGAGGCGCUAAAACACUGCAAGGCUGUUUUGAAACUGGAGAAGAACAAUUAUAAUGCAUGGGUAUUCAUUGGCCUGGCAGCCAGUGAACUUGACCAACCAGAUCAGUCACAGACGGCUUAUAAAAAGGCAGUUGAGCUGGAGCCUGAUCAACUGUUGGCGUGGCAGGGCUUAGCAAACCUUUAUGAGAAGACUGAUCAGUGGGAUUUUAAAGUAGAGUUACCCAACGUCUAUCAGAAGCUUGUUGACCUGUAUGCAGGGUCAGACAAAAGCAAAUGUUAUGAGGUGAUUAAAAAGCUGUCUGAUAUUUAUGAGUCUGACAAAGAAUAUUUAAAGCUAGGAAAUAUUUGGCGUCAGCUCAUUCAGCUAAAGGAAGAAGAGGCCGUGGACAAAAAAGAGUUACUGCAGCUGUGGCAGCAGUUGACCCAGCAUCUCUCUGACUACCUUAAUGAGGAAGAGCAGGACAAUGAAACACAACAACAUCUCAUCACAGCAUUUGAAAAGGCCAUGGUUCUCAUGGAUCCCGUCCCUGGAGAGGAACACAAGAAGAUCUCUGCUGACUAUGUUAAAUGCCUUUCUAAGCUACCACAGGAAGAAGUCAAAAUGAAAGAGGCGUGUGAGGCGAUGCUGUCCCUAUACCCCAACCAAAUUUAUCCGCUUGAAAUCCUUUGUUCACAUUACCUCAAAACAGGAAUUCUGAGUGGGGAUGCAGUUAGUUUUUUCUCUCGGCUCCUGGAUCUGGCCCCUAACAACAGCUUAGGCCACAUGGGUCUCGGCACUAUAGCACUCCAUGAAGGACGGUAUAAGGAAGCUAUUGCAGAGCUUACACAAGGGCUGAAAAAUCUGAGCUGCAGUACAGGAUGGUACAAUCUGGCUGAAGCGCAGUUUAAAACACACAGAUACUCGGACAGCGCGGCAUCGUGCUCCCAAGGUCUGUCAGUGUGUGUUCCUGAAGACAAAGCGCUUCGGGUCAAAUUGCUCAAGCUGAAGCUUGAAAUGCUAGUCAGAAGCGGAGAAAUGAAAUCUGCAGACAAAGCUUUGGAGACAUUCACACAGAUUCCAGAUGCUGGAAAAGACCCAUUUUUAUUAGCCCUCAAAGGAUAUGCUCAUCUUAACAAAGGACAAACUGAUGAAGCACAUAAGAUCUCUUCUGAACUGGUGGCGUCCAACCCAAACCUGGGCCAGGGGUUUGCUUUGAGAGGAUUGGAGCAGUUAGCUGAAGGACAGCAGCAGUUUGCAGAGCAGAGUUUCCUAAAGGCAGUUAGCAAGAGCCCAGAAUGUGGAGAAUAUUAUUUUCUUCUGGGAAAACUCUACUGGGAUAUGGGAGAAGAGACACGUAAAGACAGAAGCAAAGCCCACACGCACCUGCUGAAAGCUGCAAAGUUGGAUCCAUACCUUGGGAGGACAUUCCGCUACCUUGGUCAUUACUAUCAGGAGGUGGCAAAGGAUCAUAGCCGUGCACGCGGAUGCUAUAAAAAGGCCUUUGAGUUAGACAACGAUGAUGCAGAGUCUGGAGCUGCGUCAGUGGACCUCAGUAUGAAGCAGGACGAUAUGGACACUGCCUUAGAAAUACUUCAGGCUGUCAUAGUGAAAGCUACUCCUGGCUCAGCGAAAUGGGCCUGGAUGAGAAGAGGCCUUUACUACCUGAAGGCUGGAGAGCAUCAACAGGCCAUAGCUGAUCUGCAGGCUGCUCUGAGAGCAGACCCUGAGGACUGGGUGUGUUGGGAGUGUUUAGGUGAAGCUUAUCUAAAUCGCCGGAGCUUCACAGCCGCUCUAAAGGCCUUUGGCAAGGCCCAUCAGCUUCAGCCCUCCUCCAUCUACAGCGUGUACCAAGCUGCUGCAAUCAAACAGAUUCUGGGCAAGUUCAAGGAGGCGGUCACAGAGUACUUGCAAAUCACAGCACAGCAAGACUAUGUUCCUGCACUGAAAGGCCUAGGGGAGUGCCAGCUGUCACUGGCAAAAGGUUUAAUGGAGGAUUGCAGGGAUGGAGGAGCCAUUGACCUCAUUCAGCAAGCUAUACAAAACCUUUACAGAGCUGUACUUCUGCGUCCAGACUUGUCCUGUUUGUGGAAGCUCUUGGGAGAUGCUUGCACCACAGUCAGUGCCGUGUCUCCAAACAGAGCCCAGAUUCUGGUGCCUGGCCUGCUAGCUGGUUUAGAUUGCAACAGCCAGAGCCACAGACUCAACCAAGCUGAGACACUUAAAGUUGGUGAGAGGUGCUAUGCUCGCGCUUUGAAGCUGAUGUCAGAGGUCCCCAGCCUUUGGUACGACUUAGGACUUAACUAUUAUCACCAGGCCUGCUUACCACUCCCUACAGAGGAAGACCAGAGCUCUCGGUCUCUGGUCCUAGAGAAGGCCCAGCAGUGUGUGAAAAAGGCUAUCAUGAUGGAGAGUGGAAACCACAUCUACUGGAAUGCCCUGGGAGUGAUUUCCAUGAGCAAAGGUCUUGAAAACUUUGCUCUGGCGCAACACUGCUUUAUCAAGUCCAUACAAGUAGAGUCAAGUAAUGUCGUUGCCUGGACAAACCUUGGUGCCCUGUAUUUGAAAAAGGACAACAUAGAGCUUGCACAUGAGGCCUUUAAGAUUGCGCAGUCCUUGGAACCGCUGUAUGUGAACUGCUGGAUCGGGCAGGCGCUGAUAGCAGAGCGAGUGGGAAGCUAUGACACCAUGGAUCUAUUCAGGCACACUACUGAACUCAGCACACAUAUGGAAGGAGUGAAAGGUUAUGCUUACUGGGUAUGUUCCACGCUGCUGGAUAAGAGCAACAGAGACUCUGAGCUGUACCGCUACAACAUAGUCCAGAUGAACGCAAUUUCUGCUGCUCAGGUGGCACUCAGCAAGUACACAGAGAGAAUCCAGUCUGACCCUUGUGCCUUCCUUAUGCUUGGAUACCUGAAUGAGCAUCUGCAGCUGAAGAGGCAGGCCCUACAGGCGUACCAGAGGGCUGUUGAACUACUUAAGUCAACGUCCUCCACAGAAGAGCUGCUGUUUGCAGUUAGCAGCUAUGGGCGCGCAUUAAGUGCAUUAGGCCAGUGGGAAGAAGCAGUGCGUGCUUAUAAUUCCACUCCACUGCAGGAACUCAGUGAUGUGACUGGGCUGGCUCUAGCAUACUGCAGAGCAGGGCUCAUCCCCGACAGCAUCAAUGCAUAUGAACGUGCCUUGGCUGUGGCUUCCAGUGAGAAAGAAAAAGCCUACAUCCUGACAGCUCUAGCUCUGCUGCAACACCGGCAGGACAACUUAGACUCAGCCAAGACUCUACUGUUUAAAUGCUCAAUGUUAAAAGAGCCAGUUCCAGAGUCCCUGCUAUGUUUAUGUGCUCUGGGAUUGGUCCAUAACGAUGUUACAUUAGCUACUGCUGCACUGACUGAGCUGCUGAAGCAAGAUGCAGCCUCCGGAAAUGUUGUAGAGCAGCGGUGCCUGCUCACCUGCACCUUGCUGGCCCUGCAGGGCAACUUCAGUGCCGUGCAGAGGGAGGCUUCUAGAGCUGUACACAGCAACCCUGGAAAUCCAUCUCUGUGGGCAUUGCUCUCUAGAGUGAUACCACAAUACAACCCCAUAAAGGCAAAUGGUGGGGCCAUGGCUGGACAUGUUGCUUGUCUUAACAGUAUGACCCAGGGAAAGAGGGCGCUGUUGUACAGUGGAGUGAAUCAGUUGGCUAGUGGGAGACACUCAGGAGAGGACUGUCACAGGAAUGCACUGAAGACUAUGCAGAGAGCUGUUCUCCUCUGUCCUGAUGAUCCGGCUACAUGGGCUGGAUUAAUGGCUGCCUGUCACACAGAAAACGUUUCGUGUUACCUUUCUGGGUCUCCUCCUUGCCGACAAGGACUGGAACAGAUUCUCAUGUCGGUGGUUUCUGAGAAAGUGCACAGUGUAGAGGAGAUAGAGCGCCCACUAGCCCAGUCCCUGGAAGGAUGGGUGCUACGACAGGCAGUGACUGGUCUCAUGCUGGGGGGACAGCUGGAUCAGGCAGAAGCCCUAUGCACACAAGUGCUGAGUGUUUCCCCCGAACACCCAGUAGGGAUGCUGUUGCUGAGACAAGUCCAAUGUCAGCGCCUCCUUUUGGCUGAUAGCGGUACUGUCCUCCCCGACUCUGUCCUACAGCAGCUCAACAGCACCGUGAUGGUGAACCCCACCAACCUUGGGGCCUGGCAUUGGCUGGCUGAGGUUUAUCGUAGCCAGGGUCUGCUGGUCCAGGCAGUUAUGGCUUACAGGCAGAGUCUGCAGAUUGCCUCUCAGUUUGGUCUGCACAGCAGCCAGGCAGCCAGCCUGCUCCGGUUGGCCCUGCUAGCCCUGGGACCCUGUAUGGCAGGCGUCCCUGGAAAUGACUGGAAAGACUUGAUAGUGGAAGCCACUACUGAGGUUUUGAAGCUCGGCUCGUCCCCUGUUGCCUACUUGAUUCAGGCCCUGCUACAGUAUGUGACCAAGUCAGCAGCCAGGGACACGCGGCGUCUGCUGGAAAGGCUGGUGUAUGUGGACUCCCAAGACGUCCCGCUGACGGUGGUGCAGGUGGCCAGCUGGUACCUCCUCAGACACCUGCAUGGCAAAAAUGACCAGGAGCUAAUAAAUGUCCUUCUGCAGCGUGCCAAAAUGAAUGGAGACAAAAGACUGCUGGAGUUUAAUGCACUGCUUGCCUCUUCAUCCUGAAUUUUGCAACUCUGCAAAUGCAUCAAUAUAAAAUAAUGCAGUGGAGGUUUUAGCCACAGAUUGGAGUCAGCAUCUAUCUGGGUUUUCAGGUUCUCUUAACUAAACAUGAAAUGCCAUUAAACUUUACAUUGUGUCUUA